AUGCCCUCUUUCACAGUCUUCAAAGGCCACAAGUCCGGCAACCCGGUCAAGAGCACCACCACCAAGCCCGACGAGCUCACGGAAGACUAUGUCCUUCUACGAGUAACCGCCUCUGGUCUGUGCGGCACAGACUUACACUGCCGCCACACUGAUAUGGCCCUCGGCCACGAAGGCAUUGGUAUCGUCGAAGCCGUCGGCCCCCACACCAGACACUUAAAGAAGGGCGAUCGCGUUGGCUGGGGCUACCAGGUUGACAGCUGCGGUCACUGCCUGUACUGCCUGCAAGGCUUUGAGGUCCACUGUUCCCAGCGCCAGAUGUACACGGAAAAGAAUUUUGACCAGGGGAGUUUUGCCUCCCACGCUAUUUGGCGCGAGUCAUUCCUGCAUAGGAUUCCCGAGGCGCUUAGCGAUGUUGCUGCUGCGCCGCUUCAGUGUGGUGGGGGUACAGUCUUUCAGGCUCUGCAGGGAGUCAAGCCAACGGAUACAGUUGGAAUUCUUGGAAUUGGUGGGCUAGGUCAUCUGGCUAUCCAAUUUGCUGCCAAGAUGGGCUGCCGCGUUGUUGUCCUCUCCGGCUCAGAGCGCAAGCGUGAAGAAGCAUUCAAACUAGGGGCCCACGAAUUCAUCGCUACAAAGGGCGCAACAUCCCUCUCCGUGUCAAACCGUAUGGACCGCCUCCUCGUCACAGCUGCCGUCCCCCCAGACUGGAACUUGCUCAUCCCCGUCCUCGCCCCUCGCGCCGCCAUCUACCCGCUCACGGUCAACCAAGGCAACUUCUCGAUCCCGUACAUGGCAUUGAUCAGUCAAGGCAUCCACGUCGUGGGAUCUCAGAUUCCUGCACGCGCGGUGCACAAGCAUAUGCUCGAGUUCGCGGCUUUCCAUCACAUUGAACCAAUUACUGAGACGUUUCCAAUGACGGAGGAGAAGAUUGCGGAGGCGAUGGAUAAACUGGAUCGUGGCGAGGUGUAUUAUCGGGCGGUUCUUGUCCCUCAGUGAUGCGCUUAUGUGUGGUUUUGACUGUUGUACUUUUAGUAAAGGGUCGGUGUAAUUUUUGGUAAUACAGAAUACGAUGCUUUCUUC